CAUUCAUUUGAAGCCCUUCCCCCUUCAGCAUCUUCAGUAGCAGGACAGAGAAGAUAGCUGGAGUGGGACAGCGGAUGCCAGUUGAAGGGAGACUUUACCGAAGAUGGCUUCUCCUAGAACAAUAACCAUCGUCGCCCUGUCCUUUGCACUGGGUCUCUUUUUCGUGUUCAUGGGCACAAUUAAACUCACUCCAAGAUUAAGCAAAGAUGCAUAUGGUGAAAUGAAAAGAGCAUAUAAGAGUUAUGCCAAGGCCCUUCCUGCACUGAAAAAGAUGGGCAUUUCUUCUGUGCUUCUACGCAAGAUCAUUGGUACCCUUGAGGUGGCAUGUGGAGUGGUUCUGACCCUUGUACCAGGAAGACCAAAAGACGUGGCAAACUUUAUUCUGCUACUGGUCAUGCUGGCUGUGCUUUUCUUUCACCAGCUGGUUGGAGAUCCCCUAAAACGCUAUGCCCAUGCCCUGGUAUUCGGUAUUUUGCUAACUUGCCGACUGCUUAUCGCUCGUCAGGGCGAGGACAGGCCUGAGAGAGAGGAGAGACGAGAGGAGCAGAUCAAUGCCCAGGAAAAGAACAAAGUCAAAAUCUCUUAGCUCCACAAUUUUAAACAGAGCACCUGGCAAGAGAUCCCUAUGUGUGUCUCUGGAUAGUAGAGAAGGUGCUCGGAAAAACAGACAGUAGUCCCAAAAGGUGAUUUCUGUCCUUCACCGUCAUAUCAGCAGCCCAAAAAUGUGUUCUUAAUUUACUCUUACCUCAUGUCUUCUGACUAAACACAAAGGUUCACCUUGGACAAUCACCAUUGUGGCAACUGUUCUGGCUGCGGUAACUUCUGCAGCAAAAGAUUACACUACUGCUAUUCUCCGCUGUAAUUGUUAUGCCCUUCGUAAAACAAUAUUCUAACACUGUUUAUAAAACGGUCAGGUCUGGUCCUUGAUUCUGAUUGGUUGAGCCGAGUUCUAAGCCGUUAUAAAAUACCCCGAUAUAUAACGGCUGACCGCAUUACAUAGCCUAAAUAUCACUUUAUUUACUUUAUUUUAUGAAACCUUGCUACGGAUAUGGAAUAACUGUUUUAUAUAAGCAAUAAGCCCCGCGAUGCAGUGGGUUACAGUGCAUUUUAUAACAGCUAAGGGGUUUUGGACAACGCCCUUAGCUGGUGUAAAAUGCACUGUAACCCACUGCUUCGUGGGGCUUAUUGCUUUAUUCUACACCGGACGCAACUGGCGCUACAUGACACACGUCUUGUUCUAAUGAGAUUGUCGCAUCGCGCCGCGCCGUAUCCACUGUGGACAAAAUUUUUAAUGGGGUUCUAAUGCGUUCUAUUAUCUUUUGUUGUGUCGCGCCAGGUCCAGUGUAGACACGAUGUAAGAAAUACCACUUUUAAAGUCCCCAUGGUAAUCAAAUAGGAAAUUCUAAGUGUUUUACACAGUGUUGCAGUGAUUAUUAUAAAUGAUUUAUCCGUGCACACCAAUAUUUUUAUUUAUUUAUUUGCACUUGUUAUAUUUAAUCAAAAACAUUAUGCUCCUCUCCCCCUCUCAACAACAACACUUCACCACAUGACGUAAGCAACAAAAAAGAGGUUGGACUAUACUGACUGUCCAAUGGCCAGGCAUUUUUAGCCCUCCCCUCCGGUCCCAACUUACAACAAACCAAUCAAAAAGGGAAAGGCAAAAUAAAGCCCCGCCCUACCUUUUUUCUAAUUUCAGAAGCCGUUUCACUUGGAUAUACUGUACGUCAUGAUACGGAAAAAAAUUCAAACGCAACUUCCGUUUCAUGGUGACUUUAAGAUUAUACUGUGAUACAGAUAACUACAAAUGAUUAUGUAUUUGUGUUUUUAUUAUUGUUUGGCCUACUGAAGAUUGACACUGUACAAAACUGUCUGUUUUGAAUGCAUUCAACGUGAUUAUCCUAUACAUUUGUUUGUUGAAACAAUAAAAAUUAACUCCUACCAAUGGUUAUCUAUUAAUGCUGUUAAAUAUCAAAUAAGGAAAGUAAAAUGAAUUUUAUUUGUCAGUUUCACCUCACCCUUUGGUUCAGAUGGUAGGUGUUUAAUAUAGCCUCAAACCAAGUCCUUAAUAUUGUUUAUCUGUUAUUUAUAUUUUUCUUAAUAUUAUUGCUGUAUCUGUUGUUUUCUAUGUUUAAAUGAGGGAAUUUCAGAAGUUGGUCUUUGUUUCUUACCACAUUUGUUUUUCUAGCUGUCCAAUAAAAAUGUCUGUUGAACCUACUGGUUUCUUGCUCCUUUUAAAAUCUUUAUAAUACUUUGUUACAUUUGCCUAACUAUGGAAAUUAGAGCAAAUAUUUUUCUCUGUUGUUUUUUCAUGUUUUUAAUUUUGGUGAUCUGUUUGGUUGUAUUGAUAAUAAUAAUUUGCCUGAAUAUUGAACAAAGAAUAUGGAUGUAACCUACAGUAUACUCAGACGUUUUUCUGGAUACCAUGAACUAUUUAAAGAACAGAAUGUUUACACAUUAUGGGUCAUGUUAUACUUUUGACAGUGAGAAAAUAAAAUCUCUGGUAUGUUUGUGCAUGUGGAUGCUGACAAUAAAACAUCAGUUUAGUAAACAGGAGUUUUAUUGAAUUUCA